AUUACCUUCACUGUGUGAUCAGAGAUGAAGGAGCAGAACUUUAAAGAGGAAGUGAUGAAGAUUCUGGAGGAAGCUCCGAACGCCAGAAAAGCUCUUCUGGAAAAUUACGACAACCUCCUGAAUGUGGCUGACUACUGCAACAGCAACUAUUUACAGGCAGGUGAGGGCAGCCUGAAGGCGUUGGAGGAAACAAAAAAGUUCACCACCCAAUCACUGGCCAGCGUGGCGUACCAGAUCAGCACUCUGGCCAGCAGCGUACUGACUCUGCUCGACGCUCAGACCAAUCAGCUGCGUCACAUGGAGUCCUCCAUCAACCUCAUUGGUCAGACGGUGGAGAUGCACAAAGAGAAAGUUUCUCGAAGAGAAAUCGGUGCCUUUACAGCGGUGAGACGAGUCCCGCGCAGCCACAAGAUCCUCCCCCCUACUCAACCUGCUGGUACUCAGCCCCGCCCACCAUACAGUCGCCGGCCAAUCAACUACCAGCAGCUGGACGGCCUGGGCCACGGCAUGAAGGUCUCUGGGAAACAGUCGGACCGAACAGGAACCAUCCGUAAACACGGCGCCUCCACCAGGUCCAAUAAACCUCCAGAGCCGGUCCAGUGCCCGGUGGCGCCCCCUGUUAGCGGCUCCAGUUUUGGGAAACCUGUGGCUCCGCCCGCCAUCCCGGCCGCCUUCCAGGCUUCACCUGAGUGUGACAUCAUCAGCACACUGCUGGACGAUGCCCCGCCUCCUCCUCCUCUGACAGCCAAUGAAAUGGCUCCGAAUGACGAGGUCAUCAACGCCUCGGCCCUGCCCCCUCCGCCUCCACCGCCUGAUUCGUCAGGGCAGAUGGUGGCUCCGCCCCCUCCUCCUCCACCUCCGCCUUCGGGUGCUCCGGCCAAUCACAGCGAUCUACCGCCGGCUCCGCCUCUAAGCCUAGAGACAGUGGUGGAGGAGAGCAGCUUCCCCCCUCCCUCUCCUCCUCCUCCACCUCCCUCUAAUGAUGGCGGCUUCCCUCCGCUGGCCAAUGAGGGUUCAGAACUGCCAGCCCCGCCCCCUCCACCUCCAGCCAGUCAAGAAGUAGAUGUGACCCUCCCGUCCAGGAGGAGUCGCCACCGUCGCUCGCCCCCUACCACUCGCUCUCUCUCUCUGAGGGUCCGCUCUGGCCCCGCUUCCCGCUGCCGCUACACGCGCUCUCUCUUCCUGCCUGCUGUCCAAUCACUGAUGAUUCCCCCUCCUCCCCCCUACCCUCCUCCAAACGCUCCUCCUCACCCCUCCUCCUCCUCCUCUCGGCUCUGUUUACCUGCUCGCCUUGAACACCUGGACCUAGAACUUCCAGCCACGCCCCCUCCUCUCCUAUUGGACGAUAUAGGUGGUUUUGAUGACAUCCUGCCUCCCCUCCCUCCGCCAGUGGACUAUGACAUCAACGCCCCCCCAGAAUACCUGAAGAAAGUGGUGGCACUGUACAGCUACGAGGCGACCAAACCUGACGACCUGUCUCUGAGCGAGGGUGACAUCAUCUACCUGACGCGUCGCCAUGGCGACGGUUGGUGCGAGGGCGUCGUCAAUGGCAAUGCGGGAUUCUUCCCUGAAAACUACGUCCAACCAUGUGACUAGGCUGAAGCCCCACCCCUUCUGUGUUUACUCUGUUGCCAUUGAGAUACGACAGCGUCAGCCUGUCCUCUGCUGCCCUCAGAGGUCAAACACCGUUACUACACCGUCAAACUCAUAAAUAUGAUUAUUCAUUUUAAUGCUUUUAAUUAAUGACAACAACUUCAAAUGAAUAUAAACAGAAUAAAGGAAAUAUUAAUAAUAACUUUAUAAUAAAAACGUCUCCGAUCAGUCUGAGCUGAUUGGUCGAUCGAUCCUCAGUGAAUAUUAAUGGAUCCAAUAAUCAAUAACGUGAUUUAUAUCAAUAUACAUAUUUUUUUUCUGUGAUGAAUUCCACAGUCCGUCUAUCAACUGUCAGAUGAAGUCGACACUUUAGGACUAGUUAUUUUUAUUCUUUAUUGACGAACAAAGCCGAACUGAAGUACUCACACUGUGUACUUCUACUCAAACUGCAACAAUCAGACUUCAUUAUUAUUAUUAUUAUUAUUAAUGUAACCUCAUCGAUGAUGAUCAAUAAAUUAAUGAACCUUUAAUUAAUGAAGUUUUGUUUCUUUUAUUAUUGUUGUUGUUAUUUUGUUUGUUUUUUGUUUUAUAUAAUUGUUGCUUCUGGUUUAUUCAGUUAGUUACAACUGUGUUGAAGCUAAGCUCUAUGUUAGCAUUGGCCUUAAAGGCUGAUUUUACACAGUAGAGGGCGUAUUGAUGUAGCUGAUCUACAUCAAUGAUUGGCUACUUAGUUAUAGGUCAUGGCCAAUAGCUAACUAGCUCGCAUUUUGCCACUAACAUACAUAUAUCUAGCUAGUUAGCUAGAGUUUAAUAUUAGCAGACUUAAGAUAAAACUCUAUGUCUUUUAGAUUAGCCUAGCACAGCUACACUCAGUGUGUCAGUGCCGCUAGCUUUUACUUUCUGUUUUAACAGCACACUUUAUUUUGGAAAUCCUGGGGAAUACCGCCGUACAUUUAGUUUCACUUUCACCUGUCUUGUGUUGAAUCAGCCAAUAGGAUACAGGACCUGUCUCCUGUGUGAGCUCAGUUAUAGUUGAGCUGAGGUUCAGGCACUCACCUGUGACGCUCCAGGAAGAAGUCUUGGACUCUAUAAUGGACUGUAGAGACCUGAUUAGUGAGCAGUAUGACAGGGAGAAGCUGCAGACUGCUUUAGAGGAACUGAGGAAACUGCAGCAACAGCGCUGCCGGAGCAGCUAGAGUGUUUCUGAGGGCUGUCACGGUACUACUUUCUAACUGUAUUCAGUGAUUUUGGUGAAACUGGAUCAGAUUUUAUGGGGAAAAUAUUUCCUGGUUUUCCCUCUGUCGUCCUCCGGCUGCUCAGCUUCAACUCUCUGUGAUUCACAGCGUUUCCUGAUGGACAGAUAGCUUAAGCUAAAGUAGCUAACUGCUAAUUAAUUGCUGCUAACUGUAUCUGCUGUUAGCGGGCAUCAGAACCGGGCUCAGCAGCCAGACCGGGGUAGAACACAGUCUCUGAGACCGACAGGGAAUAAUGUUACAGUACCGAGGUCAUUAACAGAGUUUCUGAUGGACAGAUUGAUCAGUAGCUAACCGCAGUCACUCAGGGCUAAUAGUUGCUGUAAACGCUAAUGUAAUAAUUCCUGUUUCAUGGGGACCUCUAAAGACCUCCAUACAGCCUGUUUUCUGUUCACAUCCUGAGAUUAAGAGUAGUAGAUGUACUAGUCAGUAACAUCUGGAUGCAUUAUUUGAAAUGUUUCUUGAAUUUGGUGAAAUUAUGUGCCUAAGAUUCUUCUUUUUACAAUUCUUCUUACAGAUUGUCCUUGUUAGUUAAAUUCUACACUAUUGAAAACAUCAAUAGGAGCUCGGAUGAAAGGAAGAAAUUAAUAAAGUUAGCAACAGAAAACUGCAGAAAUGAGACGGUUCUCCAGUGGCUGAGAGAAAAUUCAGAAUCUGACGUUUUCUCCCAACUGGUGGACAUGUUUCACUUCCUGAAGAAGCACAUAGACGAGGAAGAGAAGAAGAACCACGGCAGCAGUGUGGACAUCACGUUUGUGGCACAUGGAGCGAUCAGAGACUCCCUGAUCCCGGCCAGCUGCCUCCUGCCUCUGUCCACCCUCACAGACGUGCUCCUGUACUCUCCCUGGAACUGCACCAUGAGUGCCGAUGUGGUCUACGCUGUCGCUACAGGACGCAUGAAGCCACAGCACAGAGUCUUUACGUGUGGGAGGAAACACAGCUGCCAAACUCCUGAUGAAGGACAUCGACCCACAAAACUGCCAGACAGCUGGAACUCAAUAAAGAAAGCUGGAGAUCAGAAGAUUCCCAACAUCACCCUGAGUCCUCUCAGACAACAAGAGGACGGCGUCUGGAAGAGAUUUGAGUCUCUCUCAAAGAAGUACGGCCCACCUGAGAGAAACCGCAUUGUCAUCCCAUUCAUCCUCCCAGCAGACAGCCGGUCCUCACAGAGUGUCCCGUUCUCCGUCGUCUCUCUGGCCUUUUCUCUGGUGCUGCUGUCCUCCAGGUUCCAGGCCACCGUCCAUCUCGCUGCCUGUCUGGGUGAUCAGUCUGCUGGACGGAGGUUUGACAAAGAGUAUCUGCAGAGACAGUACGCCUGCGCUGUGGACAGCACCAUGAUGUCAGUGUCACCACUGACGUUCACUGUGAGCUGGAUGGAUUCUUUUAUACGUUUCUUUGGAGUCUGAGGCCACUUUGCUAUCAGCGGCCAGUUCAAACUGUUUGUUUUAAUCAAUACUGCUGAAAACAUCUCUGAAUAAUGUCUGAUUGGAUUAGAUUAGAAAACUGUUUCAACUGGAUUCAGGCGAUUGAAACUGAGGCUGAGUGUUCAGGUGCUGCGACUGGAAAGUUAGCUCCUUCAAACCUCUGUUCUUGUUUCAAUAUGUUCCUGGCUUUAUUGCUGAAACACGUAUUACCUCUGACACAAACAGUCUAUAGUCAUCAGAAAAUGAAGAGUGGGGUUUGCAUUAAAGAGCAGCCAAGUCAGCCCCAAGAGGAGUGGAAGAGAGUCGAUAGGAGCCAUGCUGGUCCAGCUUCAACUUAAGGCUGCUCCUGGAUAGAGUCUGUAAGUCAGUUAAAGGUCCAGUCUGUAGGAUUUAGUGGCAUCUAGUGGUGUAGUUCAAGACCGCAACUCCCUUGCAUCCCAAAUAUGUAGGAGAAACUACGGUGGACAGGAAACUUCCCUAUCUAGAUCCAGUGUUUGGUUUGUCCGUUCUGGUCUACUGUAGAAACAUGGUGGUUCAACAUGGCGGACUCCAAGAUAAAAAAAUUCUCAUUCUAAAAAAAAUAUAAAAAUAAAAAAACACUAAUGAUUCUUAUUUUAUUAUGUUUCUUGCUCAGUUCAGAACUCGUUUCAGCCAGAGCGGAAACCAGCUACUACAGGACUGGUUGUAGUUUGCAGUCCAGACUACAGUGACGCCACCAUCAGACUGAAUGUCCCAGUGGAAGAACUCUUACAUUAAUGCUUUACUCAUCAGCUGCGACCUUCCUCAAUGUCAGUCCGCGCCCAAGGGCAGGUGGCUUCAUUCUCAUUCUGCUCCUCACAGUUUUUGUUCACCAUUAAAGCAGAAUAGUGAACACACAUUUCUUUAUUUCAAGCCUGGCCAACCCGCGGCUCCCGAGCUGCAUGCUGCUAUUUGCCGGGUUUCAUGCAGCUCUUACGUUCAUAUCGAAUUUUAUGUUGUGUAUAGCCCCUUUAACACUGCCCAAAAAAACCCGCUAACACCCGAUAUUAAUCAGCUUCACCUCCGAUCGGCAUUGAUGUGAACGUCACACCUGGGUGAGCCCACUAAUUUGCGCCAUGACGGAGGCAACGAAGGCUCGACUCCUCCGUCGGUAACUGCUUUGUGACAAGGACUAUCCCGAGCUCUUGGACCCCAAGUGGAUUAUGGAUCUGGCCUCUUUGGUCGACAUGCUGUGUCACUUGGACGGUCUGAACCUGACCCUGCAGGGUAAAAAUGCUGCCUGACCUGGUGCAAAGUGUGUUUGCGUUGGUCAACAAACUGAAGCUGUUCAAGAAGAUAUUCAAAAGGGAGAUUUAGCGCAUUUUCCCGCUCCGCUAAAAGCCAGCGGGCAAGUCACCAGCGGCGCCCUGAAUAAGCAAACAGCCAGAUAUGCAACACUGGUUUAAAACCUGCACCAAAGCUUUGUGACCCGGUUCCGUGAUCUACAACUGAAAAGGCCACAGAUCACGUUCCUCAUCGGCCCUUUUAAUGCGGAGACGGACUGUUUGAAAUCCCCACUAGUCACAGAUGAGGCUGCGGCUGAGUUAGAGAUGAUCGAUCUUUGUGAGGAGGACCAACUGAAACCUGCUUUAAGGGAAGGGACCAUUGAGUUCUUGAAAAGUGUGCCAAUGGAAAAAUACCCCAAUGUCAAACGGGCUGCGCUCAAGGUACUGUCAAUGUUUGGGUUAACAUACGUCUGCAAGUCUCUGUUUUCUACCCUGAAACAUGUGAAAUCAAAGCAUCGAUCUGUUCUGACUGACACACAUUUGAAAGAAUUGCUUCGAGUGGCAACAACGGAAUACAAGCCAGAUUUGAAGAGGAUUGUUCAAGGCAAGGAAUGCUAGAAGUCCCACUAAGCAAAAUGCAUAGUAAGAGAAAAACGCGCUAUUGUAAAUUGUUAUAUUUUUGUUUGUGGACUUGGUUGAACUGAGAGUUUGUUUGUGUGAAACAUUGCACACAAUGUUCAUUGUUGAAAAUGACUGGCCUGUGGUCUUAGUACUGUAGGAGUCCAUUUCUGUCAUUAUCAUGUUGGUGUGUGACAUUUACAGUAAAUCUGGCUGAGCAGAGGUCUGUGUGUGUGUGUGUGUGUGUGUGUGUGUGUGUGUGUGUGUGUGUGAGAGAGAGAGAGAGAGAGAGAGAGAGAGAGGAAGGGAUGGGGGGAUGUUCACGUGUGCCCGUGCAGGGCUCAAGAGUGUGACCAAUUUGGCCAAUUUGGUCACACAUGCGACCAAAAUUUUUAAGAGUGCGACUAAUAAUUUUUCUAGGUCGCACUGGUGCACCUGACGCUGCCCUGGCAAAAACAUACAUUUAUUUUGCAAGCACAUCACCUCUUUGUGUUCUCCUGUGACCGAACUCACACACUCAUGGUAGGAUCAUAUCGUGUUCUAAACCAACAAGAGACAGAGCUCAGGCGGGUCUUUGCCUCUGAUUGGCUGUGGUCCUGUUCACCGCGCUAAGUUGCGUAUGUUUGAAAAUUGCGCACGACCUGAGCACGAGAAUAGCUGACUAACUGAAACGGAAAAUAAAAUAAACGCGACAAAACAAGGGAAAAUGAAGAGAGGCAGAAAUAUUGAAAGUUUUUUCAUUAAGAAAACCAAGCCUACAACCAGCCCUACUACUAUAAUCCCAUCCAUCCCCACUACUGAGAGUCUGGGAUAGAGCCCGGCUCCGAGACCCAAAUUAAAAAGGCCAAAAUAUAUUCCUUCAGACAGGACUGGCUGAAACAAUUUCCCUGGCUGAGGUACAACAAAGGACGUAACGCAAUGCACUGCGUGUACUGUCAGGAGUGAGGAGUUUAUUUUUCUUAGUGUUUUAGUUUGAAAUUUAGUUUCAAUUUCAGCUCAGUGAAGCACUUUAAACACUUAUAUAUAAUUGUGCUUCAAAUAAAGACAAGCAUUUGUCUACACCUUAUUCUUGUUGUACUGUCAUGAGUGCGGUCAGAAUAUGGCCGGAAAUAGUGCAUUCGUGAAACUUUAAAAAAACAUAACAUGUCUAAAAAACACACGAUAGGCUGUGACAAGUGUGUGUAGAGAAAGUUGCCCCUCUGCCAGCUGCAUUUUAGUGGCAGGUAGUAGUAAUCAUUAUUAUUAUCAUUAAUAAUUAUUUUACUUGAAAUGUUUGAGUUUGAAAUGUUCAAUUUCAGUUCAGUGAAGCAAUUUAAACACUUUAUUUUUCUUUUUAUAUAUAAUUGUGCUUCAAAUAAAGACAAGCAUUUCUCUACACCUUAUUCUUGUUUAAAAAUCAUUCACAUUAUAUGAAAGUUAUGGAGAGCGAUAAAAAGGUGACCUUAUGGCGUUAAAGGCAACGCAAUGAAUUUUGGGUGCACCUAAAAAAAAAAGUUAGGCGCAUCAGUGCAACCAAUGCAAAAAGUUAGUCUGGAGCCCUGCCGUGUGUAUGAUGUGGCUCUUUGCAGUAACACAGUCAAAAAUGUGGCUCUUAGUCUCUGACUGGUUGGCCACCCCUGCUUUAUGUGUAUGACAGACGAAGGUUGAACCCGCUCUGACAACACUGUCAGAGGAAUUAGUCCUUCUCCUUUGUGGGCAGAGAUACACCCUCAUGGUUUAAAGCAACAGAUGUAGUUCCGGUUGCGUGUUUUUUUACCCUCUACUGUAAAUGCGAUUCCCCUCCAGGGACAAAGAAGAUUGAACUGAAAGAGGAAAUUACAUAUAAUGUAAAUUUUAUGAACAAUUAAGCCCCUUUGCUUUCUUUGGUUGGUUUGAUUUUUAAUUACAUUAAAAAAUAUAUUAAAUGUGUAAAAGAAAGAAAGUUUCUGACUUUACUCAUCAUUUUGUGUUUGUCAUGCAUGUACCACAUAAUGUUCUGCACACCUUCUAAUUGCUUGUCUUUGUUUAUUUUAUGAAUCUUUAUAAUUGUAUCUGUAAACUCACUAUUGUUUAAAUAGCGGAAUAGAAAUGUUUCCAUUACUAACAUCUAUAUAUGAUUAUUUUAUAUCUGUUCACAUCCAAACAACAAAUAAAGGCCUAAAAACCUUUUUAUUGCUCACAUUUGACCUUUAUUAUUUUGCACCGAAUAAAAAACAGAAUUGUCUUUGUAUUAUAUAAAACAACUAUAAGGAAUGAAAUUAAACCUGAAAGCAGCUUCCUGUUGGGUUUGGGGUCCAACAGGCUUUUUUGUUCUAAAAGCUAAAUUAACAAAUGGGGAGGAGACAGAAUAUACAUUGUGAAAUAAAUGUUCAGUCUCCUUUCUGCUUGUUCUGAUUCACAAUCGUUACUGCUGUUUCUGUUAGUGUUUAACAGAUUAUACACAUUGGGAGGGGGUGGGGUUGAUUCUGGGCCCAUAAGAGGAGAGAGCAGACAGCCACAGUCUGAUGCAGAUUCCUGUUUGGUCUCAGUCGACUCACUGAAGACAGUCUGAUCCCACUGACUCCAGAACAGGCUGAACACAAAAUGCCAACCCAUCGCCAGUGCACCAUUGAGUUUGAGAACAAGUGCUCUGGGUACACCCUGUGUAACCCCUGUGUGUUCAUUAAAAGUGGAUUCUGUGAGAAGCCCAUGCCUCCGACAAUCAGUCCCUCUGAAUCUGGCAGCGCUCUGUUCAUCAAGACUCCUAAAACAGCCUGUGGAUCUGUUGGAGUCCUGACCUACGAUCUGCAGAAAGGAUCCAAGCAGCAAUAUGAUGGAAAAUUGGCCAUCAUGUUCUCUAAUCCUUAUGACUUCAACCUGUACUCCAACUGGUUUGCAGUGGGAAUCUUUGACAUGAAUAAACAGUGUGAUGCAAAACUUUAUGAUGAGAUGUAUAACAAACCAGAGAUAAAGUUUGUCCGAAGUAAAGCUAAAGACCUCAGUCUGACUCACAAAGGUGAAACUGUUACCAUCAGAGCCACCAUGUCUGACAGUUACACACCUGUCAUCAAGGUUCAGGUGUGCAUCGACUGAACUGUGAAACAUCAUUAAUCAGUCCUGAUUAUGUUACUCUGCCAUGCACCAUCAAUCCCAGUUAGCCCACUGGGAUUUUAAUUUCAUAAUAUGACUGUUAAUGCUUUACAUUAGCUUCAUAUAUUGUUCUUUAAGUGCACUUCUGCUACUCUCUGCUCUGGUUCCUUACACUGACACUGUAAUGACAAUAAAGUUGAAUAAUGGUUCAUAA